CGGGGCAGAUGACUAUGCAGCAGGAAGUGUUCCUGGGACUGGGGAGCUCAGGACAGUUUACCCCUUCUGAGUCCUUUGGAGGGUAGAUGUCAGUUCCCAGUUACCUCCUUGGCUGGUGUUCCUCCUAAUCCAUGAAGUGGGAUUGUGAAAACAGACACUCCUAAGGGUCUCCUACCUAGCUUUUGCUCUGUGGAUGAUGGGUGACAACAGACUCUCAGACCAACCUGAGACAGUGGAAUUUCUCAACAUGUAUUUGGGAGAUGACCUGCAGCUCUGCCCAGGAGCAUGUCUGGGGGACACAUGUAGCCAACCAGAACCGACGGAACCAUGCAGAGAACAAACCUGGACCUUUGACCCUCCUGAAUCCACCAGGCAUGGUGCUCCUCAUAGUGGCUCUGGUGUGGACCCUACACAGUUGGAGAGCUGCUCUUCCCAGGGGGAGCCUGCACACACAUCAACAUCACUAGGGACUCUGAGGAGCAGCCAAACUCUGGCGUGUCCACGGCAGAGCCAGAGCUCAUCCACACAGGUGGUGUUCUGGGCUGGCAUCCUGCAGGCCCAGAUGUGUGUCCUGGACCUGGAGGAGGAGCUGGAAAAGACUGAAGGGCUCAGGGCUGAGUUGAGAUGUUGCAUUCCCCCACCCCCUCCAGACUUCUCUGGAAAUAUAGGUCUGAGCUCUAGCCCACCCGUGGAGGAAGAUUUUAGGGAUGACAACAGCGAGUCUGAAGGGGAAAACCAAGCCUGGCCAAGGGCAGACAUGCCAGGCUCCUCCGUGGAGUGGGGUGCUGAAGAAGAGAGUGUGUUCUUUGAUAACCCUCUCUUUCUGGAGAGCCCCUGCUCAGAUGCCAGUGUUGCUGGGGAAUGCUUUUCCUGGGGGAUCACAGAUUCCCAUACCAACAUGAGGACUAGGCCUGACAACCCACAGACUCUGGAGUCUCCAAUCCCAGGAUGCUCAGGAAGUGAGCCAGAUUUGGAGGGCAACACAACUAAUUCCAGUGGGCACACCACACCUCCAUUUCCUGUGCCUUCCUACAAAUCACACCAAUUCUGCUGGGCCUCACGAGAUGCCACUGAAGGGGAUUCCAUAGCAUCUUCUGGUGAGGAACAAGAUGAGGCUUCUUUGGAAGACAAGGUUGGCCCUGCCUCACCUGUAGUAUCUUGUGUGGACCAAGUAUUGACCCCGGAGACAGGACACAUUGGAACUGACCUUAGCCCUGACAUACAUCCUGUGCAGCAUUGGGUCCCACCCAGCCCUGAGGACUUGCAGUUAGAAGAGGGUCCUUCCUGGCCCCCGGAACUUCUCUCCAAGGACAGAGGUGAGAAGAAUGCUGGUCAUCUCCAAGAACCUGUUCCCUGCACCUUGGCCCCUGGUCCCUGGGGGAGCCAAGCCUCUUUGCCAGAACCUAGUGGCCCAGUGUCUGAGGUCAGAGACCUUGGCUCUGGAGCCAGCCCUGUGUCCUCUCAAGAGAGCAGCCCACAGCUUCAGAACCACAGCCCUGGGAAUUUUCCCAAGUGGCCACCUGAUGCCUUAUACCCUUUGCUUCUGGAGAUGAAUAGGGCAGAGUCAGGCUCCCAGAAGAAAGAAGAGGCAGAAGAGACCCCAGACCCAAAGCAAGAAGUAAAGAGAGAAGACACAACCAAGACUACAAAGGUUGUAGGUGCCCAGCUAAAUGUUCAUUUGGCUUCCACAGAAGGGCUUUUGGAGAGCCCCGUGCCCCAAGCACAGUUCCCAGAGGAAGGCCUGAGUCAACCAGCUAGAGACAAGUUGUCUAAUGGUAUCAGGAAUGACAAGGAGGCCUGGAACCUGGCCUCACGCCUCUAUCACCUGGAAGGUUUCCGGAAGUCUGAAGUGGCUGCCUACCUACAGAAAAACAAUGACUUCAGCAGGGCUGUGGCUGAGGAGUACUUGUCCUUCUUCCAGUUUGGAGGCCAGAACCUGGACCAAGCCCUCCGGGGCUUCCUCCAGGCCUUGGUGCUCAGCGGUGAGACCCAGGAGCGGGAGCGAAUCCUCUACCAAUUCUCCAAACGCUUCCACUACUGCAAUCCUGGGGCCUUCCCUUCAGUAGAUUCCAUACACACCUUGACCUGUGCCAUCAUGCUUCUUAACACAGACCUGCAUGGACAGAACAUUGGGAAGAACAUGAGCUGCCAGGAAUUCAUAACCAACCUGACUGGCCUGCAGGAUGGUAGUAACUUCCCCAAAGAGUUGCUGAAGACCCUCUACUGGUCUAUCCGAAGUGAGAAGCUUGAGUGGACUGUGGAUGAAGAGGACGUAACUGGAUCUGAGAAGACCCGACCACCUCCACCAGCUAACAAGAUGAAUAACCCUUUCCACCAGCUGGCUCAGGACCCAACAGUGCCCACAUAUAAGCAGGGCAUCUUGGCUCGGAAGAUGCAUCAUGAUGCUGAUGGCAAGAAGACACCCUGGGGCAAGCGUGGCUGGAAGAUGUUCCACACCUUACUUCGAGGGAUGGUUCUGUACUUUCUUAAGGGAGAAGACCAGUGCCUCAAAGGGGAGAGUUUGAUGGGACAGAUGGUGGAUGAGCCUGUAGGAGUUCACCACUCCCUGGCCAGUCCAGCCACACACUACAACAAGAAGCCACACGUUUUCCAGCUUCGGACUGCUGACUGGCGCCUCUACCUCUUUCAGGCACCCACUGCCAAGGAAAUGGCUUCCUGGAUUUCCCGUAUCAACCUGGCAGCAGCCAUGCACUCCUCCCCACCCUUCCCGGCAGCGGUGGGCUCCCAGCGCCGAUUCGUGAGGCCCAUCCUGCCGGUCAGCCCGGCCCAGAGCUCCCUGGAGGAACAGCAUCGCUCCCACGAGAACUGCCUGGACGCGGCCUCUGACGACCUCCUGGAUCUGCAGAGGAACUUACCAGACGGGCGGGGCCGUAGCCGCGAGCUGGAGGAGUACCGCUUGCGGAAGGAGUACCUGGAGUACGAGAAAACCCGCUAUGAGACAUAUGUGCAGCUGCUGGUGGCCCGUCUGCAUUGCCCUUCUGGAGACCUGGCCCUGUGGGAAGAGCAGCUGGGGAAGGAAGCUGGAGGCACUUGGACACCUAAGCCCAGCCUUAAGAAGUCCCACUCAAGCCCAUCCCUGCACCAGGAUGAAGCCCCUACCACAGCCAAAGUGAAGCGCAAUAUCUCAGAGCGCAGAACUUACCGGAAGAUCAUCCCCAAGCGGAACCGCAAUCAGCUGUGAAGCCAUGACACAUCAGAGACACUAGCCUCUGCUCUGGGGUGAAUCUGAGAUGAACCCCUGGAAAGGAGCCUAUUUUUCCACUGAGCGAGGGAUGAGACACCUCUUGUCUGCAGAAGGACAAUGUUCAUUUCUCUGUUGUCUGGCUCUGGAACUUCCUGAAGACUACUGUACCUGCUUUUAUCCUCCUGACUACUCUUGAGAGAACAGGGAAGCCAAAUGAGGAAUCUGCUCCACUCCCAAAGUUCAUCUCAUGCCUUCUUUUUCACCCAGAACCCAGAACAGCCUUAUUUCCUAUUAGC